AGCGCCAAUUGACCAUGAACAGCGUCAAUCCCUGAGCGGUUCCCUACUGGCCUUCACCUCCUUCUCCUCCCUAUCUCCGCCAUGCUCUCCCCCGUCUUGCUGCCGGCUGCCUCGCUCCACACUCUUACCCGCACUCGUUCACAUCGCGUCAUAGCCCUCCGAUUCUCCAGAGGAUACGCUAUCCAGGCCCCGGGAGCUCCCACACUAGACAUCUUCAGCAGCCAGACGAAAUGGCUACAGAAAGAGCGCGCCGCUGCCGACGUACAGGCCAGCAGAGACGUAGACUACUUGCGGGAUGAGGUUGCGUCGAGACUAUGCGAGAGAUUGCUGGACGUCAAUCGCCAUUUUCCAAAGGUGCUGGACUUGGGUGCAAACGCGUGCAACAUCGCCCGCAUGCUUACUCGUCCGUCUCCAGACUCGCCCAGCUCCACGACCCGCGCUGAACGUCUAUCCACUCUCGUCGCCGCCGAAUCAUCCCAAGCGAUGUUAUACCGCGAUGCAGACCUGCCUUUCAAUCAAGCCAUGGAGAUUGUGCGCCAGGUUCUUCCUACCUCUGAGAUGUUGCCAUACGAGGCCAAUACGUUCGAUGCCGUCCUGAGCAGCUUGAGUCUGCACUGGAUCAACGAUUUGCCGUCCGUGCUGGCUCAAGUGAACAAUGUACUCAAGCCUGACAGCCCCUUUAUUGGAGUCAUGUUGGGAGGUGAUAGUCUCUUUGAGUUGCGUACCUCCCUGCAACUCGCUGAAUUGGAGCGUCGUGGCGGCGUCUCGAUGCACACUUCUCCCCUCGCCGACGUACGUGACGUCGGAGGACUUUUGCAGCGGGCUGGGUUCCAUUUGCUUACCGUGGAUGUGGAUGACAUUGUCGUUGACUUUCCAAACAGCUUUGCAUUGAUGCGAGAUCUUCAGGCCAUGGGUGAGUCAAAUGCUGUGCUAGGCCGCGAGAUGGGCGCCAUGCAGAGAGAUGCCAUGCUCGCUGCAGAAGGCAUAUAUAGAGAGUUACACGGCAACGAUGAUGGCAGCAUCCCUGCCACAUUUCGGUUGAUAUACAUGAUAGGAUGGAAAGAGGGCCCCAACCAGUCGAAGCCUCUGCCAAGGGGCAGCGGCAUGAUAAGCAUCAAGGACGUCCUAGAAGGGCAAACUAAGUGAGGAUUCCUGUGUGGAAAACGUACUACGCAAAAUGCAUUUCCAGCUGAACACAAGUAUCAAACAUGCACGUCACGCUAUUUCCACUGAAACGAAUGAGAGAAGACUAAGGGCCGUCCCAUUUGAGGGAUAGUGGCGUACAUCAGUCAUCACUACCAUGCCAUGCUGAAUACGCACCUUUUCUGUGUUGUCGGUCCGAAAGUCUAAUUACAGCUAUUUACAGCUAUUUACAGAUUCCAAUAUUUACCACGGUUCAACGACGUUCUGAAGGGAGGAGCAUU